GCGCUUGACGUUUAAUUGUAAACAUAACCUCAUAUAACCUAACUUCCACCACUCAGCCGGCGCGAUGCCCGACAUAAAAAUCACCCCCUUGGGCGCAGGCCAGGACGUUGGUCGCAGUUGCAUUCUCCUCUCCAUGGGCGGCAAGAACAUAAUGCUUGACUGCGGCAUGCAUAUGGGUUUCAACGACGAGCGCCGCUUCCCCGACUUCUCAUAUAUAACCCAAGAGGGCCCCCUCACGUCCUACAUCGACUGCGUCAUCAUCUCGCACUUCCACCUCGACCACUGCGGCGCGCUGCCCUACAUGUCUGAAAUGGUGGGCUACUCGGGCCCCAUUUACAUGACCCACCCCACCAAAGCCAUAGCCCCCAUUCUGCUCGAAGACAUGCGUAAGGUAUCCGUCGAGAAGAAGGGCGACAUGAACUUCUUCACUUCCCAGAUGAUCAAGGACUGCAUGAAGAAGGUAAUCGCGGUAACUCUGCACCAGUCUCUGAUGGUUGACAGCGAGAUCGAGAUCAAAGCGUACUAUGCGGGACACGUUCUGGGGGCGGCCAUGUUCUGGAUACGAGUGGGGUCGCAGAGUGUGGUUUACACGGGAGAUUAUAACAUGACGCCUGAUCGACAUCUGGGGGCUGCCUGGAUCGACAAGUGUCGACCGGAUUUACUCAUUUCGGAAAGUACGUACGCUACGACGAUCAGAGACUCGAAACGGUGUCGCGAACGAGACUUUUUGAAAAAAGUGCACGAAUGUAUAGAUCGUGGCGGGAAAGUUCUGAUACCGGUUUUCGCCCUUGGAAGGGCACAGGAAUUGUGUAUCCUACUGGAAACGUAUUGGGAACGCAUGAAUCUUAAAGCCCCCGUGUACUUCGCGUUAGGGCUUACGGAAAAAGCCAAUAAUUACUACAAGAUGUUCAUCACUUGGACGAAUCAAAAGAUCCGCAAGACGUUCGUUCAGAGGAACAUGUUUGAUUUCAAACACAUCAAGCCUUUUGAUCGUCAGUAUAUAGAUAAUCCGGGGCCUAUGGUCGUUUUUGCGACUCCGGGGAUGCUCCACGCGGGACUCAGUCUCCAGAUUUUCAAGAAGUGGGCGCCUAAUGAGAACAAUAUGGUCAUAAUGCCGGGUUUUUGUGUCCAAGGCACAGUUGGUCAUAAAAUUCUGAAUGGCGCGAAGCGAGUCGAGUUCGAGAAUAAGCAAAUCGUAGAGGUGAAGAUGAGCGUGGAGUACAUGAGUUUUUCGGCGCAUGCAGACGCUAAAGGAAUUAUGCAACUAAUUCAGCAUUGUGAGCCCAAGAAUGUCAUGCUUGUACAUGGUGAGGCUGAGAAGAUGGAGUUUCUUAAACAGAAAAUCCAGCAAGAAUUCAACCUCAACUGCUACAACCCCGCCAACGGCGAAACAUGCGUUAUUAACACCCCAGUGAAAAUCCCCAUCGACGUUUCGUUGCCCCUACUCAAGAGCGAAGCGAAAAAGUUCAACGCAUUACCCCCCGACCCCAAACGAAGGAGAACCCUCCACGGCGUCCUCGUAAUGAGAGAGAACAGCGUGUGUCUGAUGGACGUAGAAGAGGCGUGCAGGGAAGCCGGCAUCAACAGACACAUCAUCCGAUUUUCUUCUACCGUACAUAUUAACGAUACAGGUCCGGCGCUUUCCACCGCCCACAAGCUGCACGUUUUCAUCAAAGAAAACUUGCCGCAGUGGCCGGUGACGUUCGCCGAAGGCGAGAUUUCCAUCGAGUCCGUUCUGGUGAAAGUCGAAGGCGACGAGAACGAGCAGAAGAACGUUUACGUUUCGUGGACGAAUCAGGACGAAGAUCUGGGGAGCUAUAUCUUGAAUAUGUUGAACCAAAUGGGACAGUAGGAUUUUUGAAUCCAGCGCCGGUCACCGACGGAAAUGUAGGCCACGUGACAUGCAGACGUUGAGUUGCGUGAAAAAAUUUUGAAAUGAAGUAAGAUAUUUUUGUAAGUCUUGUAAGUUGUACUAUGUGUAGUAAUUAAAUGCAUUAAAGAAUGUUAAUAAGAA